AUGAGCGCUUUGCUUGUCAUCCUGGAUGCCCCAGCCCACCGUGAAACCAACGCAGAGAAGAAUGCCCUUCAGCGUGACAGUGUUGAAGACAGCAGAGCAAAGUAUCUGAAAGAACGAGCCCUGGAAUGGACAAAGGGAUUUGUGAUCUGCAACCUGUUCAACUUCAUCAUAUCCGAGCUGUUGUGGCGUGGUGGAUUCUUCGAGAAAUCAUCCCUCAGCCCUGGGGGGAUUCUGGCUGCUUUCAUCAUGUCUAUUUCUUUCGUCGCUAAACCACCCAAGUCCAGCGGUGUUCCUGGGCAGGAUUUGGCUCAACCUUUACACAGCCACGGACACAUUCUGACGGGCCUCGCCCUGUUCAUACCGUAUCUGAUGGUAUUCCAGGCUCUGGCUCUAGGCAUAUCUUUUUUCAUCGAAUUCAGUCUCCCUAUUUACAUGGGUUCCAAGUUGGUGAUAGGGCUUCUCUUAACAAAUAUGCAUACUGCCUGGGUUCAGACAAUCGCUUCCAACCCCACAAAUAAAUCUAUUUGGCAGAGAAUGCCCGGUGGAAGACAGUGGCUUGCAAUCCUGCCCAUCGCCUGUCUGGACAUCUUGCUACCGGACGUGGUUUACCAUUUGACCAAGGCUACCGUGGCAUUCUUCCAGGCCAGCGAUUUUCUCGGUCUCACCAACACACCCGGGGACUUCGGUGUCAUAGUGGCUCCUAUACUGCUGAGCUGGCUCACAGCAUUGUUGACCCGCGCCAUCUAUACCAAGGUAGCCAUGUCGAUGUUAGCUAUUGGUCAAGAUGAUCAGGAAGAACCAAAGGCGUGCCUGAGUAUUCUAGACGCCAUCAGCAGCACCACAGCCCAGAACUGGCAUCGUUAUCUGGCAAGGAUGUGGGAAGUGGCCGUAUAUGAGUACCUAUGGGCCAGUUUCUCCUGCAUUGCUAUCCUCGCCGAGCUUUAUUACUUGGCGCCGUGCGCCGUCACAGAUGGGUUGGUUUGGUUGACCCAGGACCGGUGA